AUGCGCGUCCCCGACACCGGAAGUUUCAGACUGGUGGUUGGUGUUCAUGAGCACGGCUGGAGUAAACCGGCAACGACGUUACCGAAAGGAGAAGAGGAGCCGGCAGAUCCACAAUCCACGGAAUGAGAUUUACUUAUGUUCGUUUGCUGAAGUUUGGCCGUCACUCUCAUAAUAACGGUACGUGUUUAUAGUCGUCUUUUAUCGAAUAGGAGCAGUCGUCUGUGUCGAUUUUGUCACGGUCAGUCUUGUUAGCAUUAGCUCCUGAAAUUAGCGGAGUAGUGCUAACCAGUGUUGACGCCGUCCGUUCAAGUUAGCCAGGUGUUUCGCCGAGUUUUGCUGCUGUGUCGAAAAAUUGGGCCGUCGAAAAAAGAGGCUGUCAGUUCACAAGUUUUUUCUAACACAAAGUUGGAAUAAAUGUAUUGUAAAUUUUCAUAGUAUGAAGAGUACUUUGUAAUUAUGUGUUAAAAUUCCCCAAUGUUGGUUUCGUGAGACUUCUUUGCUGUAUAAAAUAAUGUUUGCAGUGGUGACUAACGCGUAGGAUUUUGACUCUGCGCAUGCGCGGGAGCGAUCGGAAGCACAUCUUUUAAGGAUUCAAUAACCGAUAGAACACCGGCAACCAUGGUGAACUGGCUAAUGUAGAACAUUUCACAAGCGGACCUAGAUGCGAUUUUCUUUAGUCUUGUUCGUGAAACAAUUGUGUGUACUUAUUAUGUCUCAUAUGGCCGACAUUACUGUGAACAUUCAGGACAAAUUCCUGAACAAAAUGGUCGGCGGAGUUAUCAGAGAAUCAGUUGCUCGCUGACGUCGUUAGCAGUGAUGUAAGCUAACGCGCUAACAGUUAGCUUUCGGUAAAGCGACGCCCAUAGGCCUCACAUUCCUCUACGAAUACCGUCAGUUUGAUCAGGUCCGUUUUACACUCGUUCAAUAAUUACCAUUUGAACGUGUUGAUUGAGUUAUGUUUUCACUAAAUUAGUUGUAUUAUUAUCUUAAGUUAGAAACUAAUGUUCCUCAGGACCGAUUUACGAGUCAACAAACUUGAAGUUAAUAAAAAAUAUUUACGUAGUCAUUAGAUUGUUGUGAUAGAUGGGUAAUAUUUUGAGGUUAAAUAUUAGAAAUGAUUAAUAAAAGAUGUCCAAAAACUGUAACUGAACAUAAACUUGACCAGCCACAACAUUAUUGACACCUGGACAAUCUGAUGCAGCCCAAUACAAUUUCUCUACCAUAAAUUCUGCUAUAAAGGAGCUUCUAAAUUUAAUUUUUUAUUCACAUGGUCAGACAGGUUAUAAUAAUGUCCAAGUAUUGAUUGUUUGAGUUGUAGCUGGUGUUGGUGGUGAACUAGAGUGCAUCAUCUAGAAAGAUGCAACAAGGAUUCACUUCAGCUGUCUUUUAUCAGCUGCACUGGGGUUAUGAUGUAAUCGGUCUUCAUUAAAUGCAUUUACUGAUACCUGACACAUGAUAGUGAUGAUAUCAUUGUGCAGCAUUUCUGUCAUAACUGAUCAAUUGCAAGUCAGUCGUACAGUGAUGGACCAGGAUGUCUACUGACCCCAAGGAAAAGAGCAGAAGUUAUGUCAAUAGCACCACUGCAGUUAGUUGUGUAGCUGUUACAUUGUGAGUCCAAUUGGAAGAGAAAUGGAUUCAGAGUGCAGUGUGAAUUUUCAGAUCACAAUAUUAGAAUUUAAUGCCAGCAACAGUUUGAUUGUAUGCAGAGGUCAAGAUGUGUGUUGAUGAUUUUUCCCACCACCUCCUUUGAUGCAACAUUUCUUGUAAAUCCAUAAGUAGCUCAAAGUAAGCUUUGCCAAACUGCAUCAAAACAAUGUAAUAGUUUGGUCUUUACACUAGCCACCGUCCGCUUGUAAAAGUGUAUGAUUACCGAGAGAGAAAACAAGGUGUACUCAUCUUUACUGUGAGUGCUCACAGUGUGGAGAUACAAACAUGUCAGUUUAAACAGCUCUAAACAUGUCCUCUGUCAUGUGAAUGCUGUCUUUGUUCCUUCCCUAAAGUUUGUAACUGAUCAUCUUCAUCAAACUUUUUCCCUCCACAGCUGCUUCCUCUAAACAUCUCUAAAGUGAGGUUUCGACGCACAAGUUUUGAAGAACCUGGUCCGUUUCCAAAGACAGCCCACUCCACUGCCGGGGGAAGAAAGAGCCUGUUAUUCCAGUGACCCCGGCGUGAGAAGAGGAGUGUGAGCGUAGUGUGUGUGUGCAGCUCUCCCUAUGUGUGUCACAAUGGGAGACAUCAGUGACCUGGACCGACAGAUAGAGCAGCUCCGACGCUGUGAGCUCAUUAAGGAAAAUGAAGUCAAAGCGCUGUGUGCUAAAGCCAGGUAAUGGAUCAACACAGAACACCCCCACAAAAACAAACACAAAAAGAAAACAAAUCCUGAGUGCAUUCAUCUUGGUAGCAAAAAGCUCAAGAACUCUGUAUUGCCCUAUUUGCCUCAUAACACAUACGCACUACAACUUUCUUACCUUUUUUUGUGGGUUAUGACUGCAGUUUCCUUUCUCUCCUAAAAAAAAUCAAUAACUUAGUUUCUGUUUCAAUACAUUUUCAACACAAACAUUUCCAACAGCAACCAUCAGACUGAUAUAGCUCUGAAAUACUUUGAAACAUCUGACCACCAAAAAACGUCCUCAUCUUUGAAGUGCUUGUAAAGGAUCCAGAGAUGCCAUAAAUAUUUGUACUCUCAGUGCUCAUACUUGAUACUGUGAUCGUUGCAGGCUGUUUUUGCAUUUAUUCCCACGAUGGGAUAGACUUGGAAGACUGAUGGACUUAAUAGUUUCAUUGUCCAGCCUCAGUUAUUCUCAAGUAUAUAACUGUUCUUAGAAAACGAGGUCAUAAAAGAUUGGUAUACAUAAAAAUGUUUACACAGCCAUAUGAAACAGCCAUACAGCUGAAUGAAUGCUGUUGGUUACAUUUUUUACGUAUUCUUUGUUAGUUUUUGAGAACAUUAUCUCUACAGUUGUGUAAGUCUUUGCAAACCAAUGGUGAGUCCAAAAAUCUCGCAGCAAGAAAUGUAAAAACAUUGUGCUGUGAAAUGUAAACAGGUUCCACUUCUGUCUGGACUAAAUUACUGUAACUCCGAAAGAUUUAGAGUCUUAACACUUAUGUAAGCUGUCAUAUUACACAGUCAUGACCCCUGGCUCAUAAAGAGGCUGUACAAAGGGUGCGGUUUAACAGCCUCAUCUUUGUCGGUGUUAUUUAGCUCAAACAGAGCUGUAAAUUAAAAAGACCUGUGUAGAUACUAGAUAUGAAAAAGUGAGGGUUGCACUUUAAAUGUAAAUGUUUUCAUGCAAAUUGAAGAGGCCAGUUUUCACUGAAGGACAGCUCAUUGAUUUUGUCAGUCUUGAAAAUUCACAUGGUAAAUCUAUAAGGUUUCAGUAAAAUGUGAUUGUGAUUUAAUAACGCAAGUUUGUUUUAUCUUUUUCAGAGAGAUUCUGGUAGAAGAAAGCAACGUUCAGAGAGUAGACUCUCCUGUCACAGUAAGGAACUUUCUCUUGUUUUGGAAAGCUGUUGAUGUGAAAUAAGUUGAAUGUCUCACUAACAUGUCUCUUGUUUGUUUGUUUGUUUUCUGACAGGUGUGUGGGGAUAUCCACGGUCAGUUCUAUGACUUAAAGGAGCUGUUCAGAGUAAGUUUCUCAUUCCCCUCAAGGAUCCUGAGAAUUCACAGUUUCAUUUGUCAGUGUGAUCUGUUUUGAAGGUUAUCCUUUACGGCCUCAUAAUGUACUGAAAGAUAGCAUUGGCAUACACUGGCAGGAGUCACGUUGAAGGACAUGUGUGAAUUCCCGCUAUCAGUCAUGCCUUGUCCAGGUGCCUGCAGAAAACAUUGGAGACAGUUUUCCAGCAAUAAUAAGCGGUCAGAUUUUAGAUUAAAAUGCUUCCUUGCUCACCCCUCUCAUCAAUGAAGCAGCAGUGGCCUUGGAGGACAAGCAUGAUCCCCGGUUUGUAAAGAUUUACUGUCACAAACAUUUAACGUCACAAAUGUCUUUGCAACUUAUUUUUACACAACUACUGCUCUGUGCUCUCGUCGUCCAGCUGGUGCUUUUUACACAGCCACUUGCUACAACAGCAGUUAGUAUGUGACUAGUUUGUCCAUUCUUUGCCACCGUAGAACAUAAAUAAUCAGAAUGGCAGCCCCUGGGGAAAGCCUGCUCUUGUGCAGGCAUAUAAGGCUCAUUUCAAGUAAACAAAAAACAGUUCAGGUGAUGAUACAGUGCUUUAAACAAACCUGAAUAUUAUAUGUCAUUUUUACCAAGUCUAUUCAGCUAAAUGUGGCUAAAUACCGCACACUCUAACCUUGUUGGGGGCACUCAAGCAACUCUCAGAUGUGCUGCUGCAGCUAUCUGUCAGGAGCAGGCACCGGAAAAGAAGUGUUGCAUAAGCUCCCUAAUUUUUUUUUUUUAAGUAAUGAAUAUUCAAAAAUCAUGACCUAGCCCUGAGGCAUGCAUAUGGUAGAAGUGUUAAAAAUAUGCAUUUGAGGUAGACGCACAAGCUGUGGUUGGACAUUUUUGUAAUGCUGCUUUUCAUUCCGCUAAAUAAACGUGGUGAUGUUCUCUGCAGAGGUCUGCUGAGAAAAAAAUCAAAAGUAAAGACAGAAAGCUUUUGUUUGUUUUGUUUUCCAUUGAGAGAUUUUAUGAAUCUACUCUUUACAGAAAUAAUUCUGCUGUUGCUCUGUUGCUGUGCAUAUCGUCAGCGUACCUUACAAACAUGCCAGUUCAAAAUUUGUGGAAAUAGACUGAGAGUGUUUUUCCUUUUGUACUUCUGUGUAUUCACAGUCCUUAUUCCUGACCUAAAUUGUUUUGGUUUUAUUUUCAGGUUGGUGGCGAUGUCCCAGAGACAAAUUAUCUUUUCAUGGGUGACUUUGUGGACAGAGGCUUCUACAGUGUUGAGACUUUCCUUCUUCUGCUAGCUCUUAAGGUAAACAGAGACUUUUGUUUUCAGCAGGUGUGGGUGUGUUGCUCUGUGGAAGAGGAGAUCAGAUUCAAUCGCCUUCACUGCAUGCUUUUAAAAUUAGUAUUUAACCUGCACUUAAAAUAUUCUGUUCAAAACUCGAACCUCUUGAUGCUUUGAGGAAAUGCUUGUGUGCCUCUUCACCCCUUUGCUUCUGCUCAUCAGGUGCGCUAUCCAGACAGGAUAACCUUGAUUCGGGGAAACCACGAGUCCCGCCAAAUCACCCAGGUCUACGGCUUCUAUGACGAGUGCCUCCGCAAAUACGGCUCAGUCACUGUGUGGAGAUACUGCACAGAGAUAUUUGACUACCUGUCGCUCUCUGCUAUCAUCGACGGCAAGGUGAGAAAGAGUUGUUCUUGACAUUCAGAGAUUUUUUUUGCUGCUUUGGUAUUUUUUUUGUGAUGUUGAUGUGUUCUUCUUCUCUUUUAGAUCUUCUGCGUGCAUGGGGGUUUGUCUCCCUCCAUCCAGACACUGGACCAGAUUAGAACCAUUGACAGAAAACAAGAAGUACCUCAUGAUGGACCCAUGUGUGACCUCCUGUGGUCAGACCCUGAAGGUAAAGGAAACUUUCUCAACUGGAAUAGAACAGAAAUGAGCUCCUGUGGCUGAAUGUAAGUUGGACAGACAAUAGUUUCUGAAGAUUUCACCUGCUUUAUCCCCUCCCCCUCAGACACCACAGGGUGGGGGGUGAGUCCCAGAGGUGCCGGCUACUUGUUCGGGAGUGACGUGGUGGCUCAGUUCAACGCUGCCAACGACAUCCACAUGAUCUGCAGAGCUCACCAGCUGGUUAUGGAGGGCUACAAGUGGCACUUCAACGAGACGGUGCUCACUGUGUGGUCAGCGCCCAACUACUGCUACAGGUGAGGAGACGCUUUCAAUCGAUUUGAAAGUACGAACAUCCUCAGUGAUGUCUGAGGCCUGACUUCUUUAGAGCUGAGUCACCAUGUUCACGCAGAGGUGGAGUCGGCUUCUAUUUAUGUAACAACCUUAUAAAACCUCAUCAGACAGGAAGCAACGCCAGCCCAUCAGAUAACCUCAACAGCACAUUCCUGGUGGUUUACUUUGUGUCAUGUCAUACCUGUAACGUUGAAUCUGCAUCUCUGUGAGGAUAAAAAUACUGAACAGUCCAAAGGAAAUUUCUAGAAGUUCAGUUUUGAAGCGGUGCUGAGAUUCUCCGGGCGUCUUUGAGUUUUGUUCAGAUAUAGCAGGUGUUUUUGUGUCUGACUGUUGAAAAACUAAAGUUUACUUCUACUUUGAUUCAUCCUGAUGAUGUACCACCUGGACACUUGGACUCAUGGGCGUUCAGCAUUUCAGUAACGGUUACAGAUAAUUAAAAGCCUAAAAUUAGAGCUGCAGAAUACUUAUGGGAGGUUGAUUUAUCUUUUAUGUCUCUUGGAUAUCCAACGCAAAUAUGAAAAAUAAUAAUGGAAAUCACAUCUUAUACACAUGUACAUGUGGGUAAUGCAUGUUCAUAUCUAAUAAUCAUAUUUUCUAUUAUUUAGGCGCUUAAAAAAUCUCUAUUUUGUCCCAGAAAAAUGUAGAAGCUCUCAACUCACUUUGUUUCAGCCCGCUCCUAGCAACACAGAGAGAAAACAGGUGGAGCAACCUUUGCCACAGACAACUAGACAGACCCGUCCCAGUUGUGGGACUUCUAUGCCGUCUACCUUUUCUGACCCGUUCAAAGUCGUAUUUGAUUUGCGUGUCUGGACCAGCCCUGUGACAGCAGCUUCAAACAUGCAUGCCUCUGCUGUGCUACAUUCUGCCGAACAUGCGCUGCAGGUGUAUCUGUUAGAAGUAAAAAUCCUGAGCCUUAUUUGUUUCGUGGACAGUGAGUAAAUCCAGCCAGAGCCUCAAACAGCAAUCAGAUGAAUUAUCGGGAGUAAAUAGGAGUAAAACAAAAAUACUCUCAAUCUAAAGUCCUCAUGCGUAAUGGAACGUCUGCCCUGAGCAUGCUGAUGAAAUGAGAUGUGACAGCAGAUGAGUUGAUACUUGUUCACAACCAGGUGACACACACUGCACAUGCUCAGCAGUCAGUACAGGCUGUGCUUUGGUGAAGAGCUGCACUUGUUUAGUCAAAUUUGAAAGAGUCUCUUUGUAGAAACAUAAUGGAAGACUGGAAUCAUGUCGUAUUAAACUGCAAAAACAUUAGCAGGUGAUGUGACACUAAUGGAUCUUUUCAAAUUUGAAGUUACUUUGUUCUAGAUGUGUUCCUCUUUUCUGCUUUCAAUGCCAGAGAAGACAGCUGAAGAGAGGUGGGAGUUGUGGGGAGUAGAGAGUGAGGGAAGAAAUACAUGCAGCACAGGAUCAUGACCAAGAGUAGAACCAACAAUCUCUGCUGUGAGAGCUAUAACCUCUGUGUGUGGGGUGCAAGCUUAAGGCCUUUUCACAACCGGGACCGCUUUUGUCGUGUGAUUAUUUUGGACAUCAAUACCCGUAUCCAGUCAUUACAAGCGUUCACAUCAGUGACCUUUUCCCGUCAGAUCACGGUUGAUUUUUCUAAAGUUUCGCAUACUGUGUGUCCACUUCUGACCAAUCAGAUUGCAUGUUGUUGUGACGUCUGAUUCACCGGUAUAUCUAGGCCUGUCGCGAUAAUCAAUAAAUCGCCUUAUCGCUUGGUAAAUAAAAACGAGGUCGGUCAUUUUGCCAGCCUCGAUAAUUAACGUGCGUUUGUUUUCCUCCUCUCUCGCUACCAAACACGCUGGAUGAGAGAAGAGGUCUCACUCUGCGCAUUUUUCUCGGCACCUGGGGGUGUUGGCUCUAUAGCGGAAUGAACGGAGUUAGUGAACCCUCCUGUCAGUCAUUCAGUGUCUUUGUCACGGGGGGGGGGGGGGGGGGGGGGGCGCGCACAGGUACACGUAGGCGCGCACAGGCACACAGACACAGACUUUUGGAUACAGUGCUGCAAGUGAGCAUAGUGAGUGAAAAGCAAGCAAACAGAAUGAACACGACAGCUUUGGUGUCUAAACCGAACGCAGCAGCCCAAGUGUGGGAAUAUUUCGGCUUUAAACCAGUUUUGUUUUCGUCAAUCACAAAACUCCACGUGUUCGCGCGCGCGCUCGUGUGUGUCUGUGUGUUGGAGGAGCACAGCAGGCUGAUGAGAGAUGUCAGAGCGGACUGAAGCUGCUCCUAUAUGUUUAGCGUUUAACUGACUGAGUUUUGCAACUCUGUUCGUCAUUUUCGUCUCGUCCCAUCAACGUAAACGCACUUUCAUCUCGUCACAUUUUAGUCAUCUCCGACUUAUGUUUAGCUCGUCAACGUUACGUCUUCGUCGUGGGUAAAAUUAAAGUUUAUCACUUUUGACACGGUGUACUCGUAUUAUUAUGCCAUUUAAUAUCAUUAUCUAUAAUUUAAAAAACGGUGUCAAUAAUAUCGUUUAUCGGCGAUAAUUUGUAGCACAAUUAUCGUCCAGCAAAAUUUGUUAUCGUGACAGGCCUAGGUAUAUCCAACAUGGUCGACCGGCUGAUUGUUUACAUGUCGGAGAACAGAGUGCAUUUUGAUUAAAAACACAAAUAUUACAAAGAUAAUGACCUGAAGGACAACUUGUGGAGAGUCAUAGCUGAUAUGACGAUGGUUUGUGUGCUUUAACUUUCAUCUGUGCUAACGUAAGCUAACGGUUGUUACCAUAGUUUCGUGUGCUUAUCUGGUACUGGCCCCGACUCAGUAUUUGCUAUCAUGACAGACAACACUAGUGUCUAAUCAGAACUGAAAACAAUCAGCGACCAUGGUACAGUUUCAGCUCCUGAACCAAGCAGUAAACUCACCAAGUUCUCUUCUUUUUUGUAAUAUUAGAUGCACCCAUGUGCUACGUUUCUCUCUUUUUUGAGAGAGCAAAAGAAGUACCAAUUUGCCAUCACUUGAAGUUAAAGUAGACUCCAUUUUUGUCCUCUCGCUUCCACCUGGGACGCUGUAGUAUGGUCCCGCCCUCCUUCGCCGCUGAUUGGCUACAAGUGCUGACCAUUUGGCUUGAGCGUGUGAUGACGUUUUUCAGCUUUUCUAGCCCAUCAGAGGCAAAGGAGGCGGGACUUUGGGAAAAGUCUUCCCCAGGAUGCGUGUUUCUCCCCCCGGAAAGUCGCAAAAUCGCAUCAGGCCUGAUGUGUAUAGUCAGGCGCGUCAAAAGUCGCCUCCGAAUAUUUCGUAGUUUCGCGUUCUAUAUUUGCGUCGGCCCCGGUGUGUAAGGACCUUUAAACUGAUGAGGCAGCUCCCACUUGAGACAGAUAAGUUGAUGCUGUAUGAAAGUUGGCAUCCAUUCCCCUCUAUCCCCCCUGUAUGCUUGAACUCAAAACUACCCACAGCUGCCUCUAGAGGGUGUAACUUCACAGCUGCCAACCAUUGCUGUUAUUUUUUGUUAUUCUUUAGAUUGAAUUAGUUAUUGUUAAUGUUUCAAAGUAAUUCCCAACACACUGCAUCAACAGCCUUUUACAUACUGAGAAUAAUGUUUGCCAGUAGAAGGAUGCUGGAUGGCAGUGGUAGUCACAUAACAUAAUACACACAUCAUGAAAGUGGUGAGAUAGACAGCUUUGUCUACAAAAUCAACACAAAGUAACAAGUUGUCGAAAAAGGAGCAGGUACUCUUUGUUGUUUGAGUCAUGUCCUGGUGUGUUUGUGGUCAGAAGAGGUCUGAAGGUUCCUCAAAGAUGAUCUAACUGAAAAUAACAGCCUGUUUGUCCAUGUUGUGAGAGUCCUAAUAACUAAAAAGACUUCCUCUGUUUGCUCUCUCAGGUGUGGUAAUGUGGCAGCCAUCUUGGAGCUGGACGAGCAUCUACAGCGGGAGUUCAUCAUAUUCGAAGCAGCGCCGCAAGAGACCAGAGGCAUCCCCUCCAAGAAGCCAGUAGCCGACUAUUUCCUGUGAAGUUUUUCAGAAAAAAAAAGAAAUAAAAUAAAAACAAACAGCCAUGAUGUGUUGAAAAUCACCCUCACCAUUUCACACCGGCCUCCCUCCAUCCUGCUGCUGGACGCUCCUGUCAGUCUGAACUCAGGGCAGUAAGACAGAAACCUUUUGAGCCCUUGACGAGCUGGAUUUUUGCUGCGCUGUCUGAGCCUGACAGAGCGGUCACUGUGAAAGGUGUCAGGGGGGCGAGGCGGACACGGGGCCCAUGACUGUUGUCUCUUCACCUCAGAAAUAUAAAGACGGACAUUUUCUUUCCCCCUUCAGCCUCCUUCCACUCAGCUCCUCUCCCCCUUUCUCUCUCUCUCUCUUUCUGUAGAUAUAACUCUCCCCCUGAUUAACCUCACCUCCUGUAGUUUUUUUUUUUUCAUGAGGAACACUUAGUUUUAGAAAUGAUUGGAAGGAGUUUACUCUUUUUUUCCUCCCCCAGAUUAUGCAGAUGUAGGAACAGUUUUAUCUUAAGGAAUUCCUCCAGUGCAUACUGUGUCUUCUUUUGUUUUUGUUUUUUUGAUUUUUGUAUAAUUGUUGCUGCCAGGAUUGAAUGCAAAUUGCUCUCAUGUUUCUGUUGAGCUGUCAUGUGUGUCACUAUUUAACAAACCGGGUGCUGCUGCUUGCUCAGCACAUCACAAAUAAACACCACAGAUAUAAAGACUGGCCACCAGGAGUCGCUAUAUUCACCAUUGUUUUCUCUAGUUCAUCUUAAUCUACAAACCUCUGUAGGUCUGUCAUUUUUGAUAUUGUGAGAAUAAAGUUUUUGUAUCAAUGCCGAAAAACUU